ACCCCACCCCCAUAUUUGGACUGCGCAUACAUAGCUAAAAAACCAAGUACAUCGCCAUAAUUUAAACUGUACAUCAUAAAUCGAUGAAAGUAAGCGCGUCAUAAGGACCACGAGGAAUCCUCCAAAUUAAGAUUCCUAUAACAUUAACAAUAGGCAGCUCUCUAAACCAACCUAAAUGAGCUCUUACUUUGUAAACUCGUUCUCAGGGCGCUACCCAAAUGGCCCCGACUAUCAACUGUUAAAUUAUGGAACCGGCAGCGGCGCAUUGAACAGCGGGGCGUACAGCGAUCCCUCCACGGCCGCGAUGCACCAUGCGACUGGCUCUUACGGCUAUGGCUACAAUGGUAUGGACCUGACGCUCGCGAGCCGGGGAGGGGGGAACACCUCAAACACUGAAGGACACUUCGGGAGAGCUUCGGACUCCCGGAGCUUUAGCCCCCUGGACAGCGAGAAGCAGUCGUCCAGCUGUUCCGUCGCCUCCGUGAGAGACUCGCUCCCGUCAACUAAUUGCGGAGACAAUAAGCAGAGUAGUCGGAGCUCGUCUCCGGUCUCGGAACAAGCAGGAAGCGCUCUUCUAAGCUCCCUUAACCUGCCCUCAGCCACGGGAGCAACACAUCGGUUCACGGAGCUAAAUGAAACCGCUGCAGGAGCAAAUGGAAUGCAGCACAACAACCCGGCCAGGGGCGAUCAUCUCAUACAGCCUGCGCGGAAACAAGAGGGCGGUCAGGCGGCCAGCUCAAACUCGGGCAGCGAGUCUCCACAGAUAUUCCCCUGGAUGAGAAAGCUGCACAUUAACCAUGAUAUGACGGGCCCCGACGGGAAACGUGCACGGACGGCGUAUACCCGCUACCAGACACUCGAGCUGGAGAAGGAGUUUCACUUCAAUCGCUAUCUUACGCGCAGGCGGCGGAUUGAGAUCGCGCACACGCUUUGCCUCACCGAGCGGCAAAUUAAAAUCUGGUUCCAAAAUCGAAGGAUGAAGUGGAAGAAGGACAACAAACUGAAAAGUGGGAACCUUGGAAGUACCGGGGCAGUCUUCCAACCUUAGCAAUUAUUCAUUUUAAAUCAUCCUCUCAUUAAGCCUAUUUUGAGUUCUAAAGAGAGAAACUGGAGAUGAAAAAAAAUGCCAAUGUAAGAUAUCGAGAGUGAAAAAUAGCAAAUCAACUUGGAGCCCCAUCCAAACGAAAUUUUAUUCAUGUCCUCAUUUCUGACGCAGUAUACGGCACUUUCAUUUCUUCUGCAUGGUGGACCAUUGUGUUUUGGGUAAACGUGAAACUAUGGUACUGUGGUAGUUAUCGUGUUUUCGUUUUGGGGGAAAAAAAAAAAAGAGUAUAAGUCUAACACCUCUUUAUCAUCCCCACCCGCCGCAAAAAAAAAAUCUUCAGCCAUCCUGGUGAACAUUUUCAAGAUGUUUAUUGUAAGUUAUCUGAGCCUAACGUGUACGUAUAGUCGAAAUAUUACAAUUUUGAAUGCCUUUAAAUUCUGCUCUGGAGUUUUUGGUCUUGUGUGUGUGUGUAAAUGCGCAUUUAUGGGGGCGGGGGGGUGUCAACUUUUCAUGCAAUUGUGUCCUCUCCCUCUAUUAUAUUGUCAUUGUGAUAUGUGUUUAAGUAAAUCAAAAUGCAUUUUAAUUAUAUGGCUGUUGCAUGAUGUUAUUAGCUCUGGAAAAUUUCGAGUUCUUUUGUGUAUAUAUAUAUUGUUAUGCUGUUGAGUCACACCAUAUAAUUAUGCAGCAAAUUCCUAAACGCAAAUUACGGCAUAGUAAUAAACGACUUCCUCAAUCAAAAUGUAAUAUUAACCUUGUAAUGGAAUACUAGAUACAGCAAUUGUACCAUUGUUGGGUUGGCUUUCUGAACGAAUAGAACCAA